ACCGGCAGGACUAGGAUGCCAGUAGGCCCCGCCCAGGGGGCCUGGAAAUACUGGACAAAGGAGUGCGGGGAGUGGGGGUCCGCUCCUGGCGCGGAACCAAUUGUGACGACUGCGAGGUUUCUGGCCGGCGCUACAAAGGUGACACACGGGGGAGGCGGCGUGCGUCGGCGUGACGCGGCCGCGCGAGACCGGCAGGGCCCAGGCGGCGACGGCGACGGCGGCGGCGGCAGCGAGAGGCGCGGUGGCGACCAGGGGCCGGCCAGCCUGACCACCAUGAGCACCAAGCAGAUCACUUGCAGGUAUUUUAUGCAUGGCGUGUGUCGGGAAGGAAACCAAUGCCUGUUCUCACAUGACUUGGCCAACAGCAAGCCAUCCACCAUCUGCAAAUACUAUCAGAAGGGCUAUUGCGCCUAUGGAACUCGAUGCAGAUAUGAUCACACGAGGCCCUCUGCCGCAGCUGGGGGUGCUGCGGGCACCAUGCCCCACAGUGUGCCAUCCCUGGCUUUCCACAGUCCUCACCCUCCUUCCGACCUCACUGCAUCUAUUGUGAAAACUAACUUGCACGAGCCUGGGAAACGUGAAAAGAGAACACUGGUACUUAGAGACCAAAAUCUCUCUGGCAUGGCUGAAGAAAAGACUUGCCCCAGUGUGGUGAGUAAUCCAGGAGGCUGCAGUGACCCCCAGAAUGGCCCAGAGAUGAAGCCGCAUUCCUACCUAGAUGCAAUUCGGAGUGGCCUUGAUGACUUAGAAGCCAGCAGCUCCUACAGCACUGAGCAGCAGCUGUGCCCCUAUGCGGCUGCCGGGGAGUGCCGAUUUGGGGAUGCUUGUGUCUACCUGCAUGGGGAAGUGUGUGAAAUUUGUAGGUUACAAGUCCUGCACCCCUUCGACCCAGAGCAAAGGAAAGCUCAUGAGAAGAUCUGCAUGUCAACAUUUGAACACGAGAUGGAAAAGGCCUUUGCCUUCCAGGCGAGUCAGGACAAAGUGUGCAGUAUCUGUAUGGAAGUGAUCCUCGAGAAGGCAUCUGCUUCUGAGAGGAGAUUUGGGAUUCUCUCCAACUGCAAUCACACGUACUGCUUGUCCUGCAUCCGACAGUGGAGGUGUGCCAAGCAGUUUGAGAACCCAAUCAUUAAAUCUUGUCCAGAGUGCCGUGUGAUAUCAGAGUUUGUAAUUCCAAGUGUGUAUUGGGUGGAAGAUCAGAAUAAAAAGAACGAGUUGAUUGAAGCUUUCAAACAGGGAAUGGGAAAAAAGGCUUGUAAAUACUUUGAGCAGGGCAAGGGGACCUGCCCAUUUGGAAGCAGAUGCCUCUACCGCCACGCCUACCCUGAUGGGCGGCUAGCAGAGCCAGAGAAACCUCGCAAACAGCUCAGCUCCGAAGGCACUGUGAGGUUCUUUAAUUCAGUGCGGCUCUGGGAUUUCAUUGAGAACCGAGAAAGCCAGCAUGUCCCCAACACUGAAGAUGUCGACGUGACAGAGCUUGGGGACCUCUUCAUGCACCUGUCUGGAGUGGAGUCAUCAGAACCCUGAGGAGCAGAUGGUGGCCCUUGUGUCUUCGGCUCUGCCGGCCAAGCCCUCCCUAAGUUUAGGGUGUGAAGAGCUUCCUUUACUGUAGCCCAAGGUGCUGUGUCACUGGGAUUUGAGUGGGGUUGUACUUAACCUGCGUCUCAUCCACUCUCCAUUCUUACAGCUGUGGGAAGAGUGAAGGAUAUAAAAUAACCUAACGAGUAUAUGGAAUCACUACCUUUAUAGUUAAUAACUUAGUUGCACCUCAAGCUCCUCGGGGGGACCAGCUAACCAGCCAGCCUGAGUUUUGAUUGAUUGCUUGUAAGACACACCUGGCUCCUGUCCUCCUGAGCUUUAGCUCCCUAGAAACAAUCAACUUGCAGCUGCCCUUAAAGCAGCAGAUGCAUUUUUCUUACCAAAGGAUUCUUCAGCCCCAUAAACGACUCCUCUGUAGUGCAUUUCCCUAGUGUACUUAAAUAGGGUGUGGGCAAAAACUUGAUUUAUACAAAGCUUUUCAAGAAACUGCACACCUUAGCAUAAAACUUUAUUUAGGGCUCUUCAGUGUCCCAAAUCAGAGCAGGAGUCUUGUUGCCAUGUGUUCAGGAAACAAAGUUAAAGUAUAAACCUUUUUCCCUGUAAGGAAGGGGGGGGCGGGGGGGGGGGGGGGCUCUUGAAGUAGCAGAAGGUAGGGGUGGCAGAACAGAGGUACUGCCUGCAUUUCUGCUGUGUUGGGGCCUUGACUGGAGGAAGCCUAGACCACAUGCCUCCAGGGAAUUAUGUCCCCAGCGCUCAGGUCUGGGCUCGCGCCCCAGGGGUAGUCAUACUGCCAGCUCAGUGCACACGUGCUGUUACACGUGGCCUCCCACCAAGCCAUCUAGUCUCAUCAGUAAAGCCUAGCUUUCAGUGGAAAUUUUGUAAAAAAUUAACAGCACCCAAGGUUUCUGGUUCUGACCCAGCAGCGGUCUUGAAGAGAAGUCAGCACAAGUAUUCUGUCACCAGUUGUGAUUGUAAAUGAAGGAGCAUAACUUUGUGAAUCAGAACAAACUCACUCCAAGCCUGAAUUACCUAUUUUUAUAAACAGCUAUAGAUACCAAAUAUUUUAUAAAAUGCAUUAAAAAUGUGGGUAAAAAAAGGUCUACUCUUACUGAGUUUAGAGUGCUUUUUGUGUAAUUUUUAUAGUUAACUCUUUGGUGAAGGGUGACAACGAGCAUAGACAAAAGCUGAAUUAAAUUCAUUCCCAGGGGAGGCUCUGGGCCCAUUUCCUGCUGCUUGAGUUCUGCUCCAAAAGGGAUGAACAAAUGCAGAGUGCAAGUGUGAGCUCAGUAUUACUUUAAAAGGAGGAAACAGCCAUUAAACCUACAUUUAAUUUAUUUUAUUAAAAUAACAUAAUUGAGGAACCAUUGGAUAACUGUAUUGUUGUCAGGCGCAAUAAAAACAAAAUUAAACCCCAAAUCAUCAAGAAAA